GACUGCAUACACACAAUGCGACCACCGACAUCCUUGAAAAAGUGUUUGUCAAGGACAUCAUCCUACCAGUACUUACGACUGUUUCUAACUUCACACGAAUGGAUUCAUCCACAUUCCGGACUUGCCUUGAAGAGAGACUCCUGGGAAUCCCGUGGUAAAUGACGAGGAGGCAAUUGAAUAAUUCGUCAAGGAGCUGACCAGCGCCAUUCAAGAGGCUCCUAAUUGUUGACCCCGUGCUGACCCGCAGUCUUCUCUACGCACAAGUAAUCAGGAUGAAUAUGCCUUAAGAAACUGAGGAUACAGUGGCAAGUCAAGAGGAACCACGGUCUGAAAACCCAGGUCAACUGCCUCAAGAGGUCGGUAACCCAUCAGUUGAAGGAGUGGAUGUUGGAAGGGUGGAGUGAGACACUGGACUCACAGAGCAAUGAGAACUUUUGGAAGAUGACAAAGGGAGAAAUGAGUUCCCACUCUGCUAUCACUCCACUUAUAUCUCAUUUUAUGAACGUUCACAACAAGAAAUUAUAGCCAUACAAUCUGCUUCUCAAUUAUAGCAACUGCUUUCAUACGCCCCAAUAAACUGGAGCGUCAAAUAGUCGUUCGAAUUUUUCAAGGCUUUAAGAAAUUGCAACUGCAAUGUUUACAGAAACGUUGGUUUCAACACGUAACAUUAGAUGCAUAUCUUUCCCGAAAGCUGAAGUUUUACAUUGAACUCGAGCCGCGAAAACCUAAUGACAAAUGUUUCGAUUUUUUAUAAUAGGUGACCCACUGUACGUCAUGUAAUCGCUUGAGGCGGAGUGAGGGGGUGAGGUGGUACAGGUCCUAAACAUUUUUAGGCUCGGCACUAGACAGGGGUGAGUGGUCAGCGUCACACCCGGCCGCGCUUACCCCGCUGAAGGACUCCGGACCCAUCGGACAGAAGGCCAGGCGGGCCCCAGAGCCUGUCCGGACGAAAAAAGUUCUGCCCUUAAUGGGGGUCGUAAAGGCCGUAUUCAGUCACUGUACUAAGUUACCCCAGUUAUUACUCAUGUCAUUUUAAAAGUUGAACUGGUGUCUGUAUUGUUUCGAAAUUAAACAGUGCUUCUAGUAAAUUUGAAAUGUGCUUGAAACACUGUACACAUUAGUUAAGGCCUUACAAGUUUUCAUUUUCAAACGACUUGCAUUUAAGUAAUUUGAGUAGUGUGAACGAGGCUUAAUCUAGUAAGGGACGACGUCAAGUACAGUGGUCAUGUAAUUGCGCAGUGAGCGUUGUGUCCAUAAGACGGGUGUUACCGAAUAGGAAGAAGAAGCAGUUUCAAACUCUCCAUUCUGAUCUUUUACUAAAUAUUAAAAUUUGUGUCACUCGGAAACUGCUGUCGAUAGAAACUUGGUUUUAAUUUUCGUGUUCAGCGGAAAAAUUUUGAAUAGUGUGAAAUAAACGGGGGAAAAAGUUACGAAAGUUCUGCGAAGUAUUCGGUACAAUGUCAUCAAGUUUACAAGUAAUGAGAAUUCUGUGGCAGCGGUCACAGACGUCUUACGUUGCUUUGAAAUUUGUUUCUCUACAACCUGUGACAUGCCACCUGAGGUAUUUCAGUAAGGAUUUUAAUUUAUCUGCGGAUUCUCUGAAGAGCUUUGCAAAUCAUUUGAAAGAGAGAAGUAGCAAUGUGCUAGUUAUGGCAGGAGCUGGGUUGAGUACACCAAGUGGAAUACCAGAUUUCAGGUCUCCAGGUACGGGACUUUAUUACAACCUAAAGCAGUACAACUUACCAUACCCUGAAGCAAUCUUUGAUCUUGUUUACUUUGAGAAAGACCCACGUCCGUUCCUAACACUGGCAAAGGAACUGUAUCCUGGAGGAAAAUAUCAACCAAACUUGGGACAUCAUUUUGUUCACCUCUUGCAUAAAAAGGGAAAGUUGCUCCGCAUGUACACACAGAAUAUUGAUGGCCUCGAAAGAUUGAGUGGCAUACCAGAAGAGAAAUUGGUAGAAGCUCAUGGAGGCUUUAGCACCAGUUCUUGCAUCCGGUGUUCCAAGAAACAUGAUCCAUACAAGACUCGAGAAGCCAUCUUACAAGGCAAAACUGUUUACUGUGACAGAUCAUUCUGCAAAGGUUUAGUGAAACCUGAUAUUGUAUUCUUUGGUGAAGCUCUUCCCGACCGUUUUUGGUUACAUGAGAUGGAUACUUCACUUGCCGAUUUCCUCAUAGUCAUUGGAACAUCGCUUGAGGUAUAUCCAUUUUCCAGUGUGGCAGAUGCUGUACAGUUCAACAUCCCAAGGCUGCUCCUUAACAGAACAGCAGUAGGAAGUUUUGGUAAUCGAGACAAUGAUGCCAUCUUGUCCGAUGAUAUAAUUGAAAGUGUAAAAAAUCUGGCCAUUGCUCUUGGCUGGAUGAAUGAACUGGAAGAACUUGUCAGGCAUUACGAACAAAAUAAGUGAUACUGCCAAUAUUAUCUUCCGUUUUUAGGGCAUCAAGUAUUUUUGACAUAAGGUACUAGAAUGAAUGCUUACGAGUUAUUCCAGUCACAAAGUACUUUUAUAAACAAUGAACAAUAUGUAUCAUUUUUAGAUAUAAAGGCAGCUCAAAUUUGA